UUCGUAAGACUUACGAUGAUUCGUUGCAAACGAGAGUGUUUAUUGGGCGCACUACUGAUCAUGAUCUUCGUCCUACCAGCGACAGCCCAAGUUAAGUUUGUGACCUCUCCACCAAGUAUUGUGUACAUCCCACCAACUAACAGUUCAGUAAAAACUGUGAGAUGUACAACAGAUGUUGCUGCCAAUAUCAAAUGGGUGCACAGCCCAUUUAAUGAUUUGGAUCCAACAACUUUCAAUAUUACUCAAGAGAGCAGCACUUCUAGUAUCAUGCUUGUUCACCAGAGUCUUGCUGAGUCCAAUGCAGUGGUUCUUGGUACUCUACUAACUGGCUCUAUUGUGUGUCAAGCAGGAACAACAACCAGUGCUCCCUUCACAUUUAGACACGGAGCUGCUCCAUCUGUGAAAACUUCUCCUGUUGAUCAAAGUGUGAAUGAGGGUGCAGACUUUGUAGAAUUCAACUGCAAUUUUGCUGAGAAAGAACCUGAACCGACUUUUAGCUGGACAUUUACCAACAAUGAUGGUCACAUGGAGACAGUACAAGAGCAACCACCACUUCUUCCAACUGCAAGGACAAGUUUGUUAGAAUAUCUCCAAUUUCAAGGGACAAAAGUGUCCAUUAUGAUUGUGUUCUUGAGAAUGAAUAUGACAAAGCCACUUCAUUGUAACCACCACCACAACCACCUGUCGUCAUCAUGAUCAAUAACAAUGCAACAAAACAACAGCAAACAAGCCAAAUUUAUGUUUAUAGCAAAUACAUACAGUAGCGAAUACGAUGCAACAAAUAAAUGAAAUUGAACUAAACGUUGAUGUCGAUAAUUACAAGAAAGGAUUGUGAAAUCAAAUAAGAAUGAAUGCCCCGAAGGUUAGAAUGUCGGGUCAACCUUUUUUCCUAGAACACAAUGUCCGACCCGAAAUUUUGCCUUAUAUUCUUCUCUGUAUAAUAAUAUCACAAAUGUUUAUGACAUUUGUUUAGUGUAAUUAGGGCUUAUGUAUAGGCUUGUAAUCACAUGGAUUUUAUCAAGUACAUUAUU